AUGUGCUUGGAAGACUUCUCCAGUGUCCUUGAGUGUGACUCUGGUUUGUUUGGGUUGGCCCUCAGGUUUGUGUGCGCCCAGCUGCCCAACCCUGUUCUGGAGAGCAUCAGUGUGAUUGACACCCCAGGAAUCCUGAGCGGAGAGAAACAAAGGAUCAGCAGAGGCUAUGACUUCGCUGCGGUGUUGGAGUGGUUCGCCGAACGUGUGGACCGCAUCAUUCUGCUGUUCGACGCCCAUAAGCUCGACAUCUCAGACGAGUUCUCGGAGGUCAUCAAGGCCCUCAAGAACCAUGAGGACAAGAUCCGCAGAUACUGGUUGUGCAGUACUGAUUUUUGCUCUAUAAACUUAAAAGGAGCUUUUGUGCUCUCACAGGUCCAUGCAUACAUCAUUAGCUCCUUGAAAAAAGACAUGCCCUCAGUCUUUGGGAAGGACAACAAAAAGAAGGAGCUGAUUAACAGCUUGGGCGAGAUCUACAGCCGCAUUGAGAGGGAGCACCAGAUUUCCCCGGGAGACUUCCCUAAUCUUAAGAAAAUGCAGGAUCAGCUUCAAGCACAAGAUCUGAACAAGUUUCACCCUCUGAAAAUGAAGCUUUUGGACACCGUGGAUGACAUGCUGGCCCACGACAUUGCCCAGCUUAUGGUUCUGGUGCGCCAGGAGGAGACGCAGCACCCCAACCAGGUGGUGAAGGGCGGUGCCUUCGAGGGAACCAUGAAUGGGCCGUUCGGACACGGAUAUGGCGAGGGAGCCGGCGAGGGCAUUGAUGAAGUUGAAUGGGUGGUGGCACGUGACAAACCUAUGUAUGAUGAAAUCUUCUACACUCUCUCACCCGUCAAUGGAAAAGUGACUGGAGCCAAUGCCAAGAAGGAAAUGGUAAAGUCCAAGCUGCCAAACACUGUGCUGGGUAAGAUCUGGAAACUGGCUGACAUUGAUAACGAUGGGAUGCUCGAUGACGAGGAGUUUGCCUUGGCCAAUCACCUGAUCAAGGUCAAACUAGAAGGUCACGAGCUUCCAAGCGAACUGCCCGCUCAUCUUGUGCCGCCCUCCAAAAGAAAGGUUCAAGAGUAAGAUUGUUUUGGAAUUGGGAUCAAUUUUGGGAAAGCAUAAAGUUUGAAUUUAGGUUGCAGCUGAAUUAUUGAUGGCUGGACGACUAGCAAGAAUGGAUUUGAAAAUUACCCACCUCAACUCUUUUGACCUGUGUUUGUCAUUUUUAGUUUAGUUUAGUUUUAUUUUUCAUGAACAAAUUGUGCUAU